GACAUCCGCACGUGUUGACCAAGUGACUGUUUACAGCACUUGUUAAUACUGGACUUUAGGCAGCACAUGCCAACAGAAAACACUGAUAUUGCUGCUAAAUUGUGUGUGAAACUACAGAGAUGCCGAAAGUGAAGAAGUCCAGAGGCGGAGGAGGAGAGCCGAGCGGCGGAGCGGUGGCGCUGGCAGACCAGAUCCUGCAGGCGGACACGGUUCGAUCCCGAGGCCGGGUUAAGAACAGGGACAGCCGGGCAGAAAACGAAGACGAGUACGUAGACGAGCGUCUGUCGCGGAAGAUCUUACAACAGGCCCGGAUUCAGCAAGAGGAGCUUCAGACUGAGUAUGGCCUGGCACCAGAGAAGAAGAAAGCACCAGUCACUGUUCUCGGGCCUGACACUCAGGAUGCAGACUCCGAUGAGGAGUGGCCCCCACUGGGACAAGCAGGUGCUGGUGGCGGCGACAUCAUGUGUGACACUGAAGUCGUGGUUGACCCUGACGACGAGAAGGCCAUGGAGAUGUUCAUGAAUAAAAACCCUCCAAUGAGACGCACCUUAGCUGAUAUUAUCAUGGAGAAGAUUACGGAGAAGCAGACUGAGGUGGGGACCGUAAUGUCAGAGGUCUCAGGGCGUCCAAUGCCCCAACUCGACCCGAGGGUAAUAGAAGUGUACAGAGGUGUCAGUAAGGUUUUGUCAAAAUAUCGCAGCGGUAAACUGCCAAAGGCUUUCAAAAUAGUCCCAGCUCUUUCAAACUGGGAGCAGGUUCUCUAUCUGACUGAGCCUGAGACCUGGACUGCAGCUGCCAUGUACCAAGCAACAAGAAUCUUCUCGUCCAAUCUGAAAGAGCGAAUGGCCCAAAGGUUUUACAACUUGGUGCUGCUGCCCCGAGUACGGGAUGAUAUCGCAGAGUACAAGCGACUUAACUUUCAUCUCUACAGUGCGCUGAAGAAGGCUUUGUUCAAACCAGGAGCGUGGUUCAAAGGUAUACUGAUUCCUCUGUGUGAAUCUGGGACAUGUACUCUGAGGGAAGCCAUCAUUAUUGGAAGCAUACUCACAAAGUGCUCCAUCCCUGUGCUGCACUCCAGCGCUGCAAUGCUUAAGUUGGCAGAGAUGGAGUACAACGGCGCCAACAGCAUUUUCCUGCGCCUCUUGCUUGACAAGAAGUACGCCCUGCCUUUCCGUGUCCUAGAUGCCUUGGUGGCCCACUUCCUGUCUUUCCGUAAUGAAAAACGUGUGCUUCCUGUGCUGUGGCAUCAGAGUUUACUCACCUUGGCUCAGCGCUACAAAGCUGACCUUGCCUCCGAACAGAAGACUGCACUGCUGGAGCUGCUCAAGAUACAAACACACCCUCAGAUCUCUGCAGAGAUCCGCAGAGAACUGCAAAACUCAGAGUCAAGGGAUGUCGAAAUCGGGCUUCCUGUUACAGUUGAAAUGGACUGAAAAUCCAGUCUUGUCUGGCACUUCCUCCUCCUCUGAUUCAUGCUCCCUUAAGCAUGAAGAGAAUAUUGUUAAAUCUAACUUCAUCAUUCUUCUUGACCUAUGAAAGGACAGUGUCAAAGACCGCAGUGUCUCAGGAGCCAUAAUUCUGUUUUCUGCUUGGAUGAGUUUGCACAUUUGAAUAUGUACAUCAGUAGUGAUGCAGAUGUAACUUUAUAUCAAGAAUCUAUGAGCUUUUUUCCUGCAGUGCGGUGCUGUGAUCGCUUAGGAAUACACAGACUGGUAUUUGUGUUCUUUUGAUUAAGAACAGUUUUGUUGUUUUGGAGCAACAAUUUGGAUUAAAAACAGAAUCUUAAAAAAA